AUGGCGACUUUCGUCCCCGACGAGUUGAUAUACGAGAGCGACUUAACUAAGAAAAGUUUCCGCAAAUUCAAGGCUGUAAUAAUGCUGAUCGAUGUGACGCAAUUGUUCAGUUUCUACAGAAGAUUCACAUACGCGGAGAAUGGCGGUAGUUACGGUUUCUUCUCUCUGUUGAACGAUUAUAUGAGCGCCAUAGUGGAAGAAGUAUAUAUUAACCACGGAGACGUGUUGAAAUUUUCUCUGUCUAUCGUAAUCUCCAUGGGAACUGCUGUAUUUUCGGUGAUCGGUGACGACAGGUGUAGAAAUUUUGUAAUAUGUGGUUCGUCGAUCCAGGACAUUAAGUAUACGAGAAGAGUAUGUUUACCAGGCGAUAUCGUGUUGUGCGAGAGCGCUUGGCAAUAUUGUGUCCCCAGUCAUUACGAAUACGUUCUUAAGGAUGCGGACAACGUUAAGAUCAUUAAAGUGCUCGAGGCACCCGAGGAAAUUUUGAUGGUGAAAGACAUAGGGAUCGAGGAGGAUAUCAUAGAACUGGGAAAGUCGCCGUCGCACGUGUCGAUAUUAUCCGAUGUAUCCGUGGAACAAGAGAUCAGAGCUACACAUUUUCGAACAAGAAUUUCCGUAGUGGACGCAUUGCGAAGACGUAUCGGAAUGUAUCUGAGAAGUUACAUGGUGGCAGCGGUAUUAAUGCAGAUCGAUAACGAACAAUCGUUGGCCCAUUUGAUAGAAAUAAGGAAUGUUACUGUUAUUUGCAUCAGUAUAAUUCCUUAUGAUUGUACCGUUUUCGAGUUGAUUUCUUUGACAGAUGAAAUAUAUAAAACUAUUUUAAAUAUAAUUGAAUCGUAUUCCGGAUUAAUGUGCCUCGUAAAUUUAUUCGAAAAAGAUAUAUCUUUUAUCGUUAUAUUCGGACUUAGAGAUUUUAUAAAUAAUAAUCAGAAAAAUAAUGUAAUGAAUGGAGUAUUGUCCGCAUGCCAAAUAUUAAAAGAAGUGAAACACAUAAUUGGUAUUAAAGCAAUUCUCAUUGGCGUUUCGACUGGUUUAGGAUUCUGUGGAAUAAUUGGUCAUAUCGUUAGAAGACAAUUCAUGGUUUUCGGUCAAUGCGUCGACAUGGCUAAUUCUUUGAUGAUGAUUUCGUACGACAAGAUACAUUGCGACUACAACGUUGUUGUAAAAAGUACUUUGAAAAAAGAGAAAUUUCGUCGCCAAGGUAUAAGGACAUUAAGAAAACUUGGAAAAUGUGAAAUUUAUGAGAUCUUAGAUGAGCCAUUAACAACCGAGAUGUUGUCGAGCUUGGAAUAUAAAUAUCCUCUUCUCGGUCGAUUCAACGAAAUAGAGUACUUUAAAGAUCUUUUAGACGAAAUAGGAGUAUCCGAACGACGUUAUUCCGGAUUGGUCAUCGAGGGUAUUGAAAGAUGUGGUAAAUCGAGGAUCCUUGAUGCUUAUGUCACGAUUGUUAAAAGCAGAGAAAUAAAAUUGAUUCAACUUUCUUUGCAUCCAUCUUUUGCAGAGAAAUCUUACUCUGUGAUAUAUCAUAUACUUCUUCAGAUUAUUGGUUAUGUAUGCAUCCUUCUAGAUGAUGUGCACUAUAUGGAUCUGUUUUCCUGGCAAUUUUUAUCCGCUAUUUUGAGCAAUAAACACAUAGUUCUAGCUAUGACAAUGCUGGAACCCGUUUCGUGGGAUACUUUAACCCAAAUCGAAACCGCGAUUAGCCAAGAGAAAAGGUUAAAGAUUAAAUCGUUGAAUUCUUUAAACUCUGAAUAUUUGACAGCAUUUGCCUGUCAAUUUUUAAACGUUAUUGCAAUUCCUGAAACCCUGGAAAGAAUCCUUAGCCAACAUAGUAAAAAUGGGAUUGCUUGGUGCGAAGCGUUCUUAAUGUCAAUUUUGCAAGUGAAUGCAUUAGAAAUUAUCUCGAUAUCUCCACAAGAAGUAAAAAAAUAUAAUCUCGUUUUUCCAAAUCCAUCGUUUUUAUCAAAAAUUCCCGUAUAUUUAACGCCCGAGGAAUUGGCACCACCGUUACAAUGGAUGCAAAUGACUACAUUGACUGUGUGCAUACUGUCAAAAAAGCCGAAAACUCCUAUCGAAGCUAAUCGAGACGUUACAGGCUUGAGAAUCGAUAUAUAUAACAGAAUGAACACGUACGAACAAGAUAUUAUCAAGUGUGCCGCAGCAUUAGGUAAUAUCUUUCAUCGCAGUAUGUUAACUAACGUGAUAACCGUGGCAGAAAUGAUAAGGUUAAGGAUCUUGGAAUGUGCUAUGAUCCAAAGGAAAUAUUAUAUAAAUAUGACGACAUAUCAUGCGUUUAAAAAGCGAAAAACUUUCAGCAACAUGCAUCAUUUGGUGUAUUGCGAUUGCAUUCGGAUCCGCCCAAUAGUAAAAGAAACAUUGCCGAUAUAUGCUGACUGCAGAGUGUUAGAAUUUACGAUACCUUCUUAUCGUAAAUUUUUUUACGAUAUUCUUUCUGCACAGGAAAGAAACGAAUAUCAUAUGAAAGCUAUAAACAUUCUUGAACAAAGUGCAAAAAAAUGUAGUAGUUGUGGAAGAGGUCCAUUUUUAAUGCCUUUGAUAGAGAAAGAAGAGAAAGAUGAAAAUAAUCAUAAAAACUAUGUGCAAAAAAUUUCGGAAAGAUUUGAACGUAGACGAAGUAUCUUUGUAACGAAGGAAGACAUCCGUAAAGACAAACAAAACACUCGCAUAGCUUCCAUUGUACCGACGACGUUUACCGAUGAAAACAUGGAAGAAUUUAUUUCUCGAGAGAUGAUAAAGGAAGAACAAUUGCUUAUUUCUAAAAAAAUCGAAAUGAAUUCUUUCGGUAUUACAUACGAUUUAUUGGACGAAAUAAUGAAAUCUUUCACCUAUAUAGACAAUCGCAGUUGCACAUGCAUGGAAAUAAUAAGUUAUAUUUUCUGGCAGAUUAGUCAACACAUUUAUCAAAUCAAGGAUUCUCAACCAGAAAUGUUUAUAAAGUUCACAAUGGAAUAUAGUGCAGGUUUGAUUCAAACUGCACAAAGCUUGCACGCGAUUAAAUUUCUCAUGAAUAUAAACAAGGAUAUGAAUGAAAAGGAAAAAAAUCAAUUUCAAAAUACUUUCAAAGAACAAUGGUUAAUUUUAAUAGGGGAUGCUUACAUUGCGUAUGGAAAUUAUUCCGAAGCGAAGAAAUAUUAUACCGAGGCUGUUAUAUUGAAGACCGAGAUCCCGCAAAAUAUGAGAACGCUUUGUUAUAAUAUUUUAAUCGAGAAAUUACGAUACACGAUAAAAGGUAUUUUAAACGUUUUCUUUCAAAAUGAUGAAACCUCACAAAAUGACGAGGAGAAGAUAGCAUUAGCUGUCGCUUUGCAACGAUUCUCUAUGAUUUCAAUGGUUUGGAAGAAACAUAUAAACCAAGCUGUCGACUUGUUAUUCGAACUGUAUUACACCUCUGAGGAGGAUACAGAUUAUUCCGCUAUCACAUGGUAUUACGCUCUUUGCUUGGAAUUUUUAUUGGAUGCUUCUAUGAAUUUAGAAAGUUACAAUAGCUGUUACGAAUUUUAUACCUUUAUAAAUACCAAAUUGAAAACUUGCGUAUUGCGAGAUCCAACGAGCCUGUUGCAUCUGAACAAUGCUUUACUUAUCUGGCAAUUAAGAAUGAACGUACCGCUGAAUUACGAACUUGUGAAAGAUGUUAACGAAUAUGUGAAGGAUGUCGUAUCUUACAAUUUCUCACAAUUUUAUUGUUCGAUCAAGGGCCUCGAGUCUUAUUUGUUAAUAUUGUAUCGGCGACUCGAUAUCCCUCACUCGUACGAUCUUUUCGAACGAAUGUAUUACGCCAAAAAGAUCAUCAAGUUUCUUCACAACGUGAGCAUCUAUUUCCCGUUUGUCAAACCGUUUACAUAUUUCCUGGAAUCUUACAUGAGACUUCUCCGUGGCCGAAAAUCUUCGUCGCAAACUUGCAUGACGAAGGCGGAAAAAUACGCUAUCGCUCAAGGAAACAAAAUGGUUAUCGCAUGGAUUGAACAGAACAAAAGGACUUGGGAAGUGGAUUUCUUCAACAACAUGGCUGAAUAUUGGGUGGAAUUCGUGGCGUCCUCGGAAGGUAUCCUAUGGCAAGAGAUCCAUUUGCUCAAGCCGAUCGCUUGGUCUACUAUAUUGUACCCGUAUCCACAUCCCAAGUACAAUUAUUGA